AUGUUUGCGUGUAUUUCACGAACGCCAUCGAUAUCGCGGACACAACUGUUUUACCAAACGUUUCCAUCGAUAGAGUGUCCGAUAGUUAUGGAAGAAUUGUCACCGAAGAGUGAAUUACCGCAGUCUGUGAGAGUGAACGGCAGCUUCGCCAAUCCGUGGCCCACUUGGAAAAAGUGGACAUGGUGCGAAGCGUUCAAAUCAUUGACUGAACCCAAUCACAGCAAUGUACCAAACGAAGAGAAACAGAGUUUCACGAAGAUCGGAUUAGUGCUCAACCAAACUCUGCCAAUACUUAAACCAAACUUUGACUUCGAUGAAAGUCGUAUAUCGAUGUCAUGGAUCGGUCACUCGACAGCUGUCAUCCAUUUCGAUGGCAUUACUGUAUUAACGGAUCCCAUAUUCAGUUCGAGAGCGUCUAUGUGUCAACUGAUAGGCCCUAAGAGAUAUAGGAGGGCCGCCGCCACUGUCGACGAGUUGCCACACAUCGACGCCGUAGUGAUCAGUCAUAACCAUUACGACCACUUGGAUGUGGGAAGUGUUGAGGCACUGAACGCCCGCUUCGGUUCACACCUGUAUUGGUUGGUGCCGUCGGGACUCAAAGAGUGGAUGAAAGACGUGGGAAUCACUCAUAACGUAAUAGAGCUCGAGUGGUGGCAAAGCGCUCGCAUACCAUCCAAACCCGACAUUCAAUUCACUCUAACGCCGGCCCAACACUGGACCCAAAGAGGUCUGUGGGAUGGGAUGCAAGUUCUGUGGGGCAGUUGGACUGUCGUCGGACCCAAACACCGGUUCUUCUUCGCUGGCGAUACCGGAUAUUGUCCUGUAUUUAAACAAAUCGGACAAAUGUACGGUCCGUUUGAUUUGUCUGCCAUUCCGAUCGGCGCUUAUGAGCCCCGAUGGAUUAUGACUCCCGAACACAUAGACCCCGAAGAAGCCGUACAAAUACACGAAGACAUUAGGAGUAAAGUGAGUGUCGGAAUACAUUGGGGAACGUUUGUUAUGGCACAUGAGUACUAUUUAGAGCCACCGAUGAAACUAAAGACUGCGUUAAAGGACCACAAUUUGGAUGAAAAUGAAUUCAUAGUUAUAUCUCACGGACAGACAAAAAGUUAUUAA